AUGGAGAAUACUGUGGGCAGUGAUCCCUGGUUGUUUGGAGGCAAUUUUAAUGUCAUUCUCAACCCUAAGGAAAGUUCAACCCCUGUCAAUGCUAGCUUGAUGACUGGCAUUUUUGAGUUCCAGCAUUGUGUUGAGGAGAUGGGACUUUCUGACCAUUCUUUCAUAGGCCCCUUGUUCACGUGGUCUAACAAACAUCAGGACAACUUCCUGGCUCGCAAGCUUGAUCGAUUUCUCACUAACUCUGGCUGGUUUGGAUCCUUUGUAGACUCAGAGGUUGAAUUCCUGGCUCCAGGUGACUCUGAUCACUGCCCUGCCUUUGUCUGGCUACAUAAACUUGUCCCUGCUGUUAGGCCAAAACAGUUCAAGUUUUUCAAUUUUUGGGCCUUGCACCCUAGGUUUUUGCAAAUCGUGGAGGAGUCUUGGCAGGACCCAACAGAAGGUAAUCUAGCUCAAGCUUUGUUCUUAAAGCUUAAGGGAUUGAAAUGUUGUCUUAAAGACUUUAAUAAAAUAUAUUUCAAUGAUAUUUCGAGCCGGGUAAAGCAAAAACAUGAGGAGCUGUCAAAAAUCCAGUUAGCAAACUUGGAUUUUGGUACUGUUGGUAACUGUGCUAAUAUGGAAUGUGAAGUUGAAAGAGAGCUAAAAAUUCUUGAGGAAACAAAACUGCUUUUCUAUAAGCAGAAGGCAAAAUCUAACUGGAUUAAGGAAGGGGAUCAGGGCAGUCAUUUCUUUCAUUCCAUGGUUGCCAGCAAGAGGAAGAGCUAUACCAUCAGAGUGCUCUUUGAUCAGAAUGACAGAAGACUGGACUCUUUUGAAGACAUGUCUAGCGAGGUCAUCGUCUUCUUUAAAAACCAGCUUGGGAUGAUUGACCCUAAUAUCAAGGGCUGCAAUGUUAGCACCAUGAGAGACCUACUUGGGUAUUUUUACCUAUGGGUACUGCUAACUCCUUGUGUAGAGCAGUUUCUGAUGAGGAGAUUAAGAAGGCUAUAUGGGGUCAAGGGAAUAACAAAUCCCCAGGACCAGAUGGAUAUAAUCCUUAUUUUUCAAGAAAACUUGGGUACUAUUGACUCUGUAAUGGGUGUGCAGUCUGUCUUAGAUACCUUUUACUUGCUAUCGAGGUUGAAGCUUAAUGCUAGCAAGUGUGAAAUGUUUACUGCUAGUGUGCCUGCUGAUCUGUGGGCUCUCAUUCGAGAGGUUAUAGGCUUUAAAUUAGGUGUUCUCCCGGUGAGACACCUUGGAGUCCCUUUGGUGACAAUGAAGAUUUCGAUCAAGGACUUUCAAUGCUUGAUCGAUAAGAUUAGAGCCAAAUUAAACUCGUGGGCAAAUAGACACCUAAGCUUUGCUGGCAGUUUUGCUAGGGAUAUGUGGGGGAAUGUUCUGUCUUUGUGUGGGAUUAAUCGAUGUGUGAGUGCUUGGGACAAAGAGCUGGCCUCAGCUUCUCAACUUUUCAAGGGUAAAACUCUCAUUGUGCAACUGCUGAAGCUGGCACUUGCUGGCCAUGUGUACAACAUCUGGAGGGAGAGAAAUAGCAGACUAUUUGGGGGUAGAGCCAGACCGGUGGGUGAUGUGCUGAAGGAUAUGAUUCCAUUCGUUUUCGACUUAGUGAAUGGUCUAUUAGCAGAGUCGACCAAAGGAACGUUUCCCUGUGUGCUAACUGGGGUAUUUGAGCUAGCUGCUGUUUUAACCUUGCUUCCCUGUUGA